CGGCCGAUCCUCACUACCCGUGUCCCUCAUGCUGGCUUCCGAAUGCUGGAAGAUCAUUCCGUUUCCUAGAGAUUAGGUGGUGGGUCUGUUUUGGACUGAGUAUGCGGCUGGGAGACUGGAAGCCAAGUAUAUAGCUCUGCGGUUUCAGCGCAGGAGUCACUCUACGGACCACUAUUACCAGCUCCUCAGUUGCUUUCUCACACAGCCAGACAUUCGUUCUAUUUUUCGUCACAGGCUGGUCGCCUAGCCACUGUUUGAGUACGAUCUUGACAUAUAUCUAACCACCAGACUGCGCCAGCCUUUUGUAUCUCCACAACUUUCCGUGGCUACUACUAGACUCGACUACCUGAGACCACCAACAUGCGGUCUUUCAUGAUUCUGGCUCUUGCGGGCGCUUCAGUCGCUGCUCCGUUCCCGUUCGCGAAGUACUUUGCGGACAAGCACUACCACCCUCACCCCACUCCCAGCACGCCAUACCCCCCCGGCGGCUGGCCUUCCUAUCCGACCAGCCCUGUAAUCCCAGGACCCACCGGUACUGGCGCUCCCCUUCCACCCAUCCCAACUGGCACGGGUAUCUCUCCACCAGAACCGCCCGUCAUCCCCCCUGGUCCACCUGUCAUCCCAAGCAUCAGUACCCCGGCAAUCCCCACAGGUACCGGCGUCUCCCCGCCUAUCAUCUCCACCGGUACUGGAACGCCCUACUACCCAACGCCUGCUUUCGACAGACGCGGUCUGGAGAUCGACUACAAGCUUGCACCACGGAUUCCGGACAGCGGGUUUGAAGCGAGACACCACCCGCGUCCGCAUCCGCACCGUCCCCAUGGCACGGGAUAUCCUUGGGGAACUGGUAAGCCGACCGGCUGGCCGUUUCCGACUGGGACAAGCGGGUUGGGGAAGCCGACUGCGCUGCCGACGCCGCCUGUGCAUAUUUACUGAGGGUUGGUAAGGGAACGGAUGGUAAGGUAUAUUGUAUGAAGACGGGCAGAGGAUUCAAGAUUAACGAGGGGAGAUUGUUGAACCUCGAGGAGGCAGCGUAGAUUUGGUUUUGUGUGGAU